ACCAUAAUCAAAUAAGGCGUUACAUAAAGCUGGCUGGUGAAAAUUGCGAUUCUUUUCUGUACUUAUCGACGAAAGUAACGGUUUUCGAACCACUUGACACACUUAAUAGUGUUUACUUUGACGAUGCUCGUAAACAUGUAACUCUGGUUUUAUCAUGUAAAUGUUUGUAGAUAUUUACUCUCAGGAGUCGUGGUACGAUGGGUGUCAAUGUCAAAUCUGUUGUUGAUGAUUUGGUUUUGAAUUUUCGCAUAGAUGAUCAAGGCGAAGUUUUGAGUAUUAAGUUUUCUGAGGAUAACAAAAUCUUGGGAAUUCAGCGGACUCACCGAUCAGUUGACUUUUUAAAUUUUCAAGCCAAUUGCCCCAGGGGUGUACAGUAUUCUCAAGAAUGCAAGAAUAAAUCAGCAACGCUUCUGGGAUUUGUGUGGUGUUCCAACUAUGAGGUCCUUUUUGUCACAAACGAACAACUGGAGUUAUAUCAAGUAUUACCUGAGAAGAAUACUCUACGCUUAAAUAGUUAUUUACCUCUGAACACUUGCUGGUUUUUAUGGAACCCAGAGACACAUAUUUGUAUCACUUCAGACCAAGAGAAAAAACUACAUAUGUUUCAACUUAAGACACCCGGCACAAUCACAAAAGGACCAAAGUUUCUGUCUCCUACAUCGGUAGGGGCCAAUGGUGAUACCAUAUCGAUUGAACAGAAACACUGUUUUUUAGCUUUAUUAUAUGAGGAUUUGUACUUUGGUACUCUCCGCUACGUAAAGCUAAAUAACGAACCAAAUCUUACCCGAACUAUUAGUUUUUAUACUUUAAAAAUAGAAGAUCCCAUCGUAUUGACACACCUCGUAAUUUUAGAUUUUCAGGGUCCUGUAUCAUUCAGUGUAUUGGAUAACUUGUUCAUGGUACACUAUCAGAGCAGAAAGGUUACGUCAGUUUUUGAUAUUGCCCUUAAUGGAACCGUUCGCAAUGUAAUUCAUCAUUCACCUAUAUUACGUGAUAUUUCGAUUGCACCAUUCAGUCUUUUCACUAAAAUCAUUCCCUCAUUAUCAACAAACUUGGAUGCUCAAAUUCCUAUCGAUUUAUAUUCAAUGAAUUGGAUUAUUCACCUGUGCGGUGUUGUAAUUGACAACAGUCUCGGUUGCUCAUGGCUGUUAUGCUUGAAUACUAUGGUUUUUCCAAAACUAAUUGCUAAUCACAACCUAGUUGUGGAUUUUCUACUUCAUCGAUCCAGUGGCAAAAGUGUACUGUUAGAGUACUGCUCUAAAUUGGCGUUAGACAGUAUCGAAGAGGUUACUUCCAAUGUUGACAAACCUCUGAACUACAAAUUCGAUGGAUAUGGGUUGAAUCAACGACUAGAUCAGUUUGCGUUCGUCUUUAAACGGAUUUGUGAAGUGGGCUACUGUGGGACAAACGUCAUGAGUAAAUUGCUCACUGAUUCUGAUCUUAAAAUGCCAAGUGCUUCGGAAGCAUCAUGCCAUUGUUCUAUAGUUAAGACAAUAUCCAAAGGCGUACAUGCGGGUUCGUCAACCUACAUCAUUUCCCAACCUGAAAUAUAUUCACAUUUAUUUUUAAAGAACCAAGGUGUUGAGAGACUAGAAGUCCGUAAAUUGUUUCGCUCUAUACUGAUUGAAUAUAUUCGCAUAUUUUCAGAGCACGACAUUUGUGUAGAUCAUUGUUUCUACGAAAUGCUCGUCAAUCUCACCGCCAGAGUGGGGGAUUAUACACAACUCAGUUUUUAUAUUCAAAGUCGUCUACUUGCUGAUUCAAAGCCUACCGCACUUCAACUGCUUUCUUUGGAAAGUGUUUAUCCCGCAGCAGGACAACUUGGUAUUGAUAUGCUAAAGAGAUUGAAUACAUGCAACACUGAAUUGUUCGAUGCAUUACUGAUAAAAGGACGGCCAUUAGAGGCAUUAAGAUUUGCUAGGCUGCAUCGCUCAGAAAAUGUUAUUGACAUGGAGAAUGUUCGCAAUUAUUUGGAUGCUAUUCAACAAAUCGAAGAUUAUAUGGAAUUAUAUUGUACUCACCAUUUUCUUAAAGAAAGUUCAAUGUGUAUGGAGUCUUAUUGGGACUCAGGUACUUUUUGAAAACUUAUUCUAAAAGCCUUAUCAUUUCUAGAUUGCUUAGACUUUAAAAUUGUCUUUAAUUCAAAUUAAUUCCUACAUAGUUAGUCAUUCGUUUACCGAGUUUUUUAAGGGCUCCGUUUUCAACCGUUAUUUAAGGCGCUAACUAUUCAGGAGUUUAGCUUUUUGAAUUAUUAGGUUACAUUUUAUUUAUUAGGCAUUACGUGUGAAUACCUCGUAUCCCUCGUCAGUAAAACGAAAGAUUUACACAGUAUAGUUUCUAACACUUGUCACCAUAAUGUUUAUAAAUCAUUGGUUUAAUUUCUAGAUAAAAAGGCUUGUGUAUAAAUUGUUACUACAUUUUAAAUUAAAAUUGAACUACUGCUUCAGCUUAUGUAAUCUCAAAAUUUUAAAUAGUUUAGUAAGGAUUCCUUAUGGACUUAAUAAGAUCUCUUUUUUGAUAAUAUCAUACAUAUCCGAAUCAUGAAAAUAAUUGUUUAAUGAAUUCAACUGAUUGUGGAGAAAUAUCACUUAUCAAAAUUUAUGAAACAACUUUACUAUCAUUACGAGGAUUCUUGUAUCGUAUUUAAUAAUACUGUACAUAAUGUACAUUCUCAAUACUUGUUAAUUUAUACAUUACAGAGAAUGGUAUUGGUAUGCUAAUAACGUGCUUCUCCAUAUAUUUUCACGUUAAAAUAAAAUAAAAUGUCAAUUAUGUUAUUUCUUGAUUCAAUACUAACUGAAAAAGUAUUACAAAUAUAUCAUUUAGCUUAAACCUGAUUUUAUUCAGAUCAAUGUAUAUCUUAAAGGGAUGUAAGAAUAGUUUGGCCUAGGUCUUUACACAGCCAUUAUAAUGCAAUCUUGAACACAUGAAGCUCUUCUUGGUUAUACAUUCGUAUAAUUAUCCUUGAGAUGCAUAUCUUCUAUCGGUUUUUUUUUUCAGAUGAAUGCCGUAAAUAUUGUACCGAACACUUUAGUGACCUGUUUCCGUCCGCUUAAUUUGAACUGCAAUUUCAUAUAAAAGAAAAUGAAUGUCUUCUUAAUCCUUAUUCUGUGAACUCGUAUAUAACUAUAUGUUUUUUCUCUUUUCAGUUGUUUCAUUUUUGUAAGCGUACUACACCAUGAUGCAUCCAAUAAAGUAUACGUUGUGUUGAAUUUGUAAAUUAAUAAACGUUUCGUUUGCUUCAAUAUGCCAUAAUAUAACGUUUACCAUAGUAAAAACUGCUUUUGCCCAAGUAAUUUGUUUUCUUGUUGACGACUCUGUCAUGGAUCUUAAAGAGUAAUCUCAGUAGCGCUAAUUAAAAGCGUUAUGCAACGGGACGAUUGAGAUCUUAUCGUUACUGAUAACAACUAACCUGAAAAAUUUGGUAUACAUAAACUAUCUUAACAACAUUUUGAAUCGUUUCUGUAAACUUAGACCUACGCUUCGUUUGCAGUUUGUAGCUAAAUGUUUCACAUAUUCAUUAGAGUGGUCUAAAUAUUCAUUGUUGAUAGUUUUGUUUGUAUUUGUUUCUAUCGUCAAUACACUUGACUCAGUUCAUACUGACCUAAUAGAAUUAGUAAAAUUCAUUUAUCAAGCAUCACUUGAACUAUAUUUUUCUAUUUUAUUGCUUGAAUUCAAACGUUACAAGUACAAAUUCUGGUAUCAAUCUUUGGAAAUCGAAAUGUUAAUCUAGUAAGGUGGGUUAGGUUAUUUACUAAAAGUCAUCUUACAAAUACGUAUUGAAAUAUCUAUGAUUUCUCUGUGAAAUAAAUACCCACUCCCCGGUUAAGUGCAUUAUUUUGUGUUAAGAAUUCCGAAAUGUAGAAAUAAGUGUCCAAAAUAUCAGAUUUAUCUGACAGCUUCCUUCAGGUUAGGAGCUCUCGAAAUUGUCUUUAGAGACUGGAAAAAUGCUGAAAAUACUUCCAUCUAUCAACAUUCCUUAAAAAUUACCACUAGAACUUUGAAAAACGACAAGUUGUAUUGUUUUCCUCCGUUUAGUUAAUUACCAAUUUUAUCUUGUUUUCCAGAAGCCUCUAGAAUACCAAGGCCACGUAACAUUAUAAACACCCAUAUAUUAUGUAUAUAAACUAACCUUGAAAGUAAAACUUCUUCCAUAA